UUUCCAAGAUGUAUAUAAAUAUAUUAUUAAAAAAAAUUCUUUUUAUUUCAUUAUUGACGCAUCUAGCGUUAUCACAGGAUAAUGAAUUUAAUAAGGUUUUUUAUAAGAAACUAGUUUCCGUACCAUGCGUUCGUAUAUUAAAUUCAACCGGCGUAAUGGGAUGUCAAUCUUUAAAACCGACAAGUGGAUUAUUAAUCUUAACAGAAACGCAAGAUUUAUUAAAUGAUUUUAUAAAAUCAGACCGAAAAGGAAAAUAUGUUGUAAUACUUCCAUACGAAUUAAUGACAAAUGAUAACCUAAGAUCACUUGAAUCAUCGGGAAAGAUGUCUGGUGUAUUAACAUUAAUAAAUGGUACUGAUCCAAGUUCAUCAAACUCUGCUCCUAUAAUACAACGACCGAUUUUUUUAUCACCGGAUGAAAAAUGUCCAAGUUGUCAAUUCGGGUUAUAUAGAAAUGAUGAAAGUAGGUAUAUAUGGAAUCCAAAUGGAUUAGGGAUUAUUCAAGAAAGAUAUGAUUUUCCUAUAUUUGCAUUAUAUCCUUAUGAUAAACCAUCCAUUAAAAGUUAUAAUAGAAUUAUAAAUGGAGUGCAAUUUAAUGAACGAAAAUCUUAUGUAAGAUUUCCUUUGAAAGCGGUGGAAUUUGAUGCACUUAUGUAUGCUGCUGUAGACGCUUCUACAUGUUUAAGAAGAAAUUUUUGUAAUCCGGUUGGAGGAUAUUCGGUUUAUUCAACACCAUCAAUUGAUAUGAAUGAGAAUGAUGGUAAACCAAUUAUAAUAGUAUCAGCUGCUAUGGACAGUAAAUCAUUAUUUCAAGAUAUUACGUUUGGGUUAAAUAAUGGUAUAUCUGGUUCAAUUGCUUUAAUAGCUAUAGCAGAUGCAUUAAGUAGGUCGCCAACACCAGUAAAGAACUUUCAAAAACAUAUAUUAUUUACAUCGUUUGCAGGGGAAUCAUGGGGAUUUUUAGGAUCACAAAGAUUUGUUAAAAACAUUUUUGAACCGUUUAAUUGUAUUCAAAAUAAAACCAAACCAACAACAUCAUGUGGGUUCAAUACUGGGAAUUUUGGUGGAUGUACUUUUCCUUGUUUUAGAGAUUUAGACUUCAAAAGAAUAAAUUUUGGUAACAUAGAUUCUAUAUUCGAACUAAGUAGUGUAGCUAAUGGGAUAAGUAAGGGGCCGGGAAAUAUACAAGAAUUUAAGUAUUUUGUACAUGUUGAUAACGAGAACAAUGCUGGAAAUCGAUUAUUAAUGCAAGGAUUAGGAGCGUUAUCAGCUGUUGGAGGAACAGGAGCGGGAUUUGUUAGAAAUGCUAGCGAGGAUGGUGUAUUCAGAAAAUUGCCUCCCAGUAGUUCUAUGGCUUUCUUGGAAAAAAAUAUAAAUAUACCAGCUGUAGUUAUAAGCGAUUUUCAAGCAAAUUUAAGCAAUUAUUAUAAUAGUGAAUAUGAUGAUGGAAGUGAUUUGGAUGUUUCAACAAUUAUCUCUUCAAUUUGUUCAAUAGCAAAUGUAACAUCACAAGCUGUUUGGUUACAUGCACAAAAUUUAUUGAGUCCAACCAGUUCAGCUGCAAAUAAUCCCAUUUCCGUUAAUUGUACUUUAGUUGGAUUAUUAUUUGACUGUUUAACCGUAGAUGCUUCUUGUUCUUUAUUUGACGCUUUUAGAAAAAGUAAAGAUGAUAGGAUAUCUCAUUAUACGGGAGUAUUUCAACAAGGUUCACAACAGCUUUUACCACGCUUUCAUUAUAAUGUUUUAGGAUCAAUAAAUGCUAAUUCAAUAUCGGAUCGGAAAUGUAAAAAUGACGUGGAUUGUGAGUUUGGAGAAAUUUGUGCAAACCUACACUGUACGAAUUCUUUUACGAGAUAUCAUGAUUCAUAUGGUGCUGGAUUAGAGUUUAAUGAAAAAGGCGAAACUACGAUAGUUGAUCCUGAAAAAACUACAUGGGUAGAAAGCGUGUGGUCGGAUUUUAAAUUUAAUUUAUUUAAUAUAACUUCAAGUGAAUCACAAAUUGGUGAAUUGAUGACCGGUAUACUUUUAACAAUUUUAAGUAUUAUUUGUGUAAUUUUUGGUAAAAAAUAUAUAAGACAAACUUUGAAACUUGAUUAAAUAUACCGAAUAUUAUAAUAGGAAAAAUAUAUAAAAAUCUUGUAAUUUAUUUAUUAAUCAUUGUAGGGAAAAGGGAAAAUAGAGAAAAAUGGUAGAAUAAAUUUAUAAAGAAGGUAUAAAUGGUGUAGAAUUAAUUACAGUAUAUAUAUUAGAUAUUCAUUAGUUUUAUUAAAUAUUGUAAUUUAUACGUUUAAUAUAUAUUA